AUGAUCUCCACUAGUCUGCUCAUUGCCUCAGCCCUGUCCGCACUUGUGCUAGGUGCACCGACGCCCUACAACUUCAAUCUACCCGAGUCCCGCACAGACAUUUCUGCUUGCUUUUCGAUCAUCGGCCUCGCCCUGCCUGACCCGCUCGUGCAGCUCAACUCCCGCGCGCUCGCGGAGAGCCUCAACGACGUCAGCACGCCCUCGAGCGCGAGCUACGGCAAGCGCCUCUCCAAGGAGGUCGAACAACUCGCCAACUCUAGCUCGUACUCCGGAGGCUCAGUAUUGGUUUCGGUCGACAUAGCCAACGCUUCUAUUCCGAGUCUGUACGCCGAUGCGAAAGGUGCCGCCCUUCUCGACGGCUGGGUGGCGGCCUCGGUGUCCUUCAGCGACGCCAACGACUCGGAGCUCCUCCGCGCCAACUUCUCCGUCUUUGAACGCGACGAGUCCGGUCUCCACGCUAUCCGCGCCCGCUCAUACUCCAUCCCCGCCGAACUCGGGGAUCAUCUUGACCUCGUCCACCCUACGAUCUCGUUUACAACCCCCAGCCCACACCUCAUUUCCGUCCGCGACAGCAAUGAUGCCGGCUCCCUCGAGGGCUCUCUUGAUCGUCUCAGCCUCCUCCUCAAGGCGUACGUGCCGCCUCAAGUGCUCACAAAUAGCUACAGCCAGAACGAGGACACGCUCUCCCCAAAGCUCGCCGCCCGUCUCUGCAGGAUGUAUACACAACUCACCGCGCGCGGCACCUCUAUCAUCGUUUCCCCAAGCAACAGCGCCGUAUUCCGGGGCUCGCGAUCUGCCAACUACAACAACCUUGUCCCUCCCCUUCCCUCCAUCAUCUGGUCUUUCGUGACCUCCGUCCGCCCCACGCAGGGCCCCGACCCCGACCCCGUGACGGCCGGCCCCUCCUCAGUUGGUGGCUUCUCGCACGUCCUUCCUCAUCCCUCCUGGCAAGCACCCGCCAUCCCCAUCUACCUCUCCGUGCUCGGGGCCACCCAUCCGGGCGCGUCCAACCGUCUCGGACACGCGUUGCCCGACGUCGCCGACUGCGCGGUCGUCGUCGACGGGAAGACGUUGCGCGUGGACGACGCGGGCGCAACGUUCAUGGCGGUCAUCGCAGUGCUGACAACCGCCUUAGCUCGGAGGGAAGACGCCCGCCUGGGUUCUUGA